GGCAUCAGUUGACCGCACAGCUCCAGCGGAUACACAACAACAUGAAGGUAUUUGUGAUCGCCUCGCUGCUGUCCGUCGCCCUGGCGGACAACCCGUCUCAGUACGGAGCACCGGCUCAGGCGUUCAACCAGCAGCAGCAGUACCAGCCGCAGCAGCAGCCACAGCAGUACCAGCAGCCACAGCAGCAACAGUACCAGCCGCAGCAGCAGCAGAAGUACCAGCAGCCGAGCCACGACCAGAAGCCCAAAUACGACUACAGCUACGACGUCCGCGGAUACGGAGACUACGAGCCCGUCUUCAACGCCCAGGAGGCGCGUGACGGCUACGCCACCCAGGGAUCUUACUCGGUUGUGCUGCCCGACGGCCGUACCCAGACGGUCAACUACCGUGUGGAUGACGCCUACUCUGGCACCAUUGCCGAUGUUAAAUACGAGGGUGAGGCCCGCUAUCCAACGCACCAGCCUCAGCAGGGCUACCAGGCCCAGAAAAGCUCUCGCCCUCAGCAGAGCUACAAUGAUCUGCAGAACUCUCGCCCUAAGCAGAGCUUCAAGGCUCAGCAGAGCUUCAAGGCUCAGCAGAGCUUCAAGGCUCAGCAGAACUUUCGUCCUCAGCAGAGCUUCAAGGCUCAGCAGAGCGUGAGGCCUCAGCAGAGCUACCAGUUCCAGCAGAGCGCAAGGCCUCAGCCUCGCCCCCAGCAGAGCUACCAGCCUCAGCAGAGCUACCAGUCCCAGCAGAACAUUCGCCCUCAGCAGGGCUACCAAUCUCAGCAGGGCUAUUAGACCCAGCAUGAAGAUUGGUCUCGGACUCGGGUAAAGACAAAAAUCAUCGUAAUAACUCCGUGUUCCAGCAAUCAGAGACCAUGCAGCACCCGCAAUAGAGCUAACAGUAUCAGUAAAACCAGAAAGUCCCAAAUGAUUAUGUGUCACAGUGGCCAAAGUCAGUAGAUUAGGGUCAUGUUUAAUUCUAUGUUGAUUGUGGAUACCUAGGUAGGGUAAGGGCGGGUAAGAGUACGCGGGCGAUAAGAGUACGCAUCAGCUGUUUCGGUUGCUUAGCAACGCGGGUUUGUCGAGUUCAUGAAGUGACAUGAAGCCGCCAGUGCGUGCUUGUCACCAACGGAACGUGGGCGUUGAGCGGCGACGCUGUUGAGUUUAAGGCGAUAAAUAUUAUUUUCGAGCGUUAUGAUAUUAUUAUGGUAUGGUACAAUAAUUUUGAUACUUGGCAGUUGAGAUAAGGUACAUUUCCGUGAUUGUUGUGGGAAACUUGUGAGGUUAUCUGGGGAAAUACUGUGCAGUGCAAUAUUCUGUUUGCGAAGUUUUGCACAACGUUUCGGGGUUGUUUUGUGCGCGAAUUGCAUGUACGGUAAGAGGACGCACUGUUCAGGAGGGUAAGAGUACGCAGAAUUAUACAUUAAAUCGAAUAUACAGAAAUAUAAGAUUAUUAAUCUAUCGCUCAAUGACGUUUGUUUUGUAGGUAUGUCAUCAAUGGAGCACUGUGAUGCAGAUGGGUACCCGAAAUUCUUCCAAAUACGAGUUAUUCUGUCUUUUGAUUGUGCAUUUUUUUAAAGAAACACACGACAUGAUUAUUUCCUGAUUUAUAGACUUGAAAGAUUUAUUUUGUUUUUCUUUUUGGAUACUAGAAUUAACUUAGAUGCCUUCUGAGUUUGAAGUUAAGCAUUUGGACAGUACAAGCUGCAUAGGCGUGUGUUCAUAUGCUUGCGUACUCCACCCGCCUGGCGUGCGUACUCUUACACACCCCAUAUGGUAAGAGUACGCAACUGCAGUGGUUCAAAAAAUGUCAGUUUUAGACCGCUUCCAUUUACGCUGAAGGAUCGUUGCCCCAUGGGUUGAUGGCUAAUUCAAUGAACUUUAAUAUUCCCUAUUUGCCAUUUCUUUCUUUCAAAUAUUAAACAAAUGACAGCAAGAAAUCCACUAAGUGCGUACUCUUAUACGACUUCACCCUAUGUGUGAUUUUGUAUAUUAUCUGUUAUUCUUUUAAUAAAAAACUUGAAGCU